AUGGAGCAAAUUCAGAAGAAAAGAAUAACAAGAAAGGGUGUCACACAAUUACCUUUGGUGUUAUCGGUUUCCUUGUUUUCAUGCUUGUUUGCCUACUACUACUAUUACGAUUACUAUUGUUCUGUCUUGUCAAGUUAUGUUGAUAUGGUGUAUCCUAUUGAGUUACUUUUGACACAACGUGUGGACAAGACGUACGUGUUUCUUAUAUGCAACGGGAUAUUAGUGGUGUUAGUCAAAACGUCCGGUUCCUUAAUCUCUCAAUCAAGCUUUGACCUUAAGGAACACAUCUACAUCAAGAACAUCCAUGACGCGUUAGAAACACAAUAUGAGGACGAUCUGGUGGAGGAUGAAGAAUUGGUGAUUAGGGUGGAUGGAAUUGAAGAAGAUGUAAAAUUUGUAAUAGAGAAUGAUGGAGAGACCAUAGAAGAAUUAAACAAGAAAUUUGAUGAGUUUAUAAGGAAGAGGAAGGAAGAAAUUAGGAGCAAUGGUGAACAACUUCCAAUGCUUAGUUAUAAUUGA